CGAAGUAUAUCGUACAAUGUAUGGACGGCCGCCAUUCUGGUGGCAGAGCUUCGGAACCUCCGCUGCCUCAACCCCCUAUACAUAGGAGAGUUUGGCCGCCCCCAUGCAGUUCACACCUCUUCAGUUAAAAGAGAAACUUCUGGGGGCAUUAGAUGAGGAAAAUAAUAUUGUUAAUACUUCUGUGGUGUUGGAAGUGAUAACCAUCCUAGAGAAAUUUCCUAUCACAAGGGAAGCUCUUGAAAUAACACGGAUUGGUCGAUAUGUGAAUGAACUUAGAAAGAAGACCUCUAAUGAGGAAUUGGCCAAGAGGGCCAAGAAGUUAGUAAGAGGAUGGCAGAAGUUAGUUACUGUUCCAGAAGGACCACAUAUCAAUGGGGACAGUAUAAGCACACCACCACAACAUCGGAACAUUAGUGCAUUACAAAAUGCUGGCAAUGGAUCAAAACCUUCCAGUCCAGCAAUUUCUUCACCAGCAAUAAAUAGGAACUGUGUGGUACGCUCUAGUCUUUCACCUGCUAUUGGUAACAGACCUGUAACCCCCUCUCAACAAAGAACACUGCAACCAAAUAAACUCGGGAAAGCUGGCGAUCUUAAUAAAUCAAAACAUAGUCCUGGUUUAUCUAAAACUUUACCAUCAGCCUUAAAACCAGUCGUCAAUAGUCCCAAACAAACUUUGAAUGUACAAACUUCCAAUUUAAGUCCUGCUGUCUCUCAAACAUUCCCUCCUCAAGCUAAGGCAGAAUCUAGUGGAAAAAGUGUCAAAUCCUCGCCCAAAUCAAGACCAUCCACUCCAUGUCAGUCACCUAGCUUGACAUGUUCCAGUCAGUCUGCAGUAACUAUUGGGAAUGAGGACUCUCUCUCCAGUUUACCUUGCACACCAACUUCUGUUGAUAACUUACAAACAGGAAAUGGUCAUACCAAACGCAAGAAGAGAGGAAGAAAACCAAAGUCUGGGAAAAAAUCAAAUCAUUCCGCUGAAUCUGCAAUAUCUCCAAAUGAUGGCUGCUCAAGGUCAGAACAAUGUGAUGUCCCCAAAACAGACAUUGCCAAUAGAAAAAGGGUGCGUUUGGACAAAUUGUCAACUACACCAGUGAAGCAACAAAAACUUAAUACAUCAAUUCAUAGUCUUUCAUCAAAACAACCAUUGAAUGGAAUUGUUUAUAGUGAUAAAACCUGUCAUAAUGCUGUUGUGAAUAAUAGUGCUAAUUCGGAUCCAAAAACGCAAAGUACUUCAACAGAAUAUUCAACUCCGGGUAGUAAAAAAUCAUUGAUGCGGCAGGACUCCACUAAACCUGCUGUGAAAACACCAAAAGUGAAAACUACUGCAGAACUGAUAGCGGACUAUCAGCAAAAGACUGGCAGUACAAGUUAUGGCAACAAUAUUUUAGAAAAGUUAAGAACAAAUCAAAUUGAUCAUGAGUCUGAUGUUCAAACAUCUGUGUUACCACCGGGCAUAAAGCCACGUAAAAAACGUAUUAGUAAUGAUUCAUCCAUUCUUAGUGUGCCAUCACCUUCAUUAAGUCAGACUAAAACUGAACUUGUGGAGAAAUUUUUACAAACAUCUGUUUCACCCACAUUAACAGAUUUGAGUCCUCCUCUUGAGGAUUACUCUCUUAAAUCUGAAUCUCCCAUAAAUUCAUCUCAAAACUCUGUCCAAGCAUCAACAUCAGAUUUGAAAAUAACCAUCAAGUCUGUCCCUAGUGUAUCUAUAGAUCAACAAAAAAUUGCAGAAAGCAAACCUUUAUGUGCAUACAAUCAUUCAGAAAUAUCUAAUGUAAAACAUUCAACAGAAAUAUCGGAAUCAACUGAAAAUAAGGUAGAGAAAAGACUAACAAUAGAGGAAAUCUACAGCCAACUUCCGCCCAUAGACUUUGAUAGUAUAAAUUGGGAGUGUACUGAUUAUAUUGUACCUGAACCCACUCCUUCAAACGAUUUGGAUGUUAAUCGUAUAAUAAACGAUCAAUGGGAAGGAAUAAAUGGCUCCUUAGAUAAAGACAAGGUUUGGCAUGAUUGGGCAAGUACUCUAACAUUAUCAUCUGUAGAUGAUGACCCUUUACAUGUCUUGCCCUAUGUUGAUGUAAAUGAUUGAAAUAUCAAGUUCAUUAUUCAGUACCUUGAAGUGUUAUUAAUAUAUGGAAUGUGUUAUGUGAAUGGGAAAUGUUUAUACAAAUUUAUUAUUAUUUCUAAUAUAUAAUUCAUUAUUACAUCCAUCAAACUUAAAACCAUAUUUCAAUGGCUAUAAAUAUUUAUAUCCGGAU